AUGUUCAAGAGGUGUUUCCAUACCACGAGUCCACAGCAAGCUGUGAGGGCUGUAUUCAAGUCUCACAAUCCCAAGAAGGGCAUAAAGAAGUUCGAUGAUAACUUCACCACCCUGGCCAAGAAAGAUGAUAGAAAGGUAUGGGAACGUAUGGGCAUCUCCAAAGACGAGUUCUUCGUCAGGAAGUACGGCAACAUCACUCCAGAAGAACGCAAAAAGCUAGAUGAGAAGGUGGCUAAACAAAGAAGGCUACGGGAGGAACGCCGUAAACAUGAGCUUGGCGACAGUUAUGUUGAAAAGUCGGAGAGAGGACCCAUCACUCUCAAUCCAUUAUCGGAAUACGUCUAUGGAACACAUCCUGUGAUCUCGGCCUUAUCUGCUGGUAAGCGUGAGUCAUUCAACAAGCUAUACACAUUUAAUCCUCGUGAGCAGACGCCGAAGAUAUUGCAACUUGCCAAACAGUACGGCAUCAAGGUGGUGGAGAAGAAGUCGAAGGCAGAGAUGAACAGACUCAGUUCGAACGGAAUCCACAACGGUGUCGUUUUAGAGACAAAACCACUUCAUCUUCCAAGUCUUUUCGAUGUGGAGGUAUCUGAAGGCGAGUACACCAUUACAUGCAUCAAUGAGGAAACUGGUAAGAGAGAGAAGAGUACACACGAGUUGGCAAGAGGCACGGAAAGACCAGGUAAAGAUACCUACCCUCUUGGGAUCUAUCUCGACGGAAUUACAGACCCUAUGAAUUUUGGAAACAUUGUUAGAUCGGCAUAUUUCUUGGGUGUCGAUUUUAUUGUCGUUCCUAGCCACGACUCUGCAAGGAUUGGUCCUGUUACUGCAAAGGCUUCAGCAGGAGCGCUCGAUAUGAUGCCAAUUUACCAAUCAGACGAAGUCAUGCCCUUUUUUGAUCGUUUGAAGAAGAACGGAUGGAAUGUCGUUUCUACAAGUGCUAAACCUAGUGAAGCACAACUCGAGUCCAUGAAAGACAACCAUGCUGCGCAUGUGGAAAACAAGUUUGUGGAGUCCAACGAUCUACCAGUGUUGCUAAGCGAGUCGCCUAUACUUUUAGUUCUUGGAAGCGAAGGAAGCGGUAUCAAGAAGAACUUGGUCUUGCGCUCUGACUACUUGGUCGCUAUGAACAAGGGAAGAGUGGACGACGAGAAGAAUAUUGUCGAUUCAUUAAACGUUGGAACAGCCGCUGCCAUGAUUAUCAGCCGUUGUUUGGACUAA